AUGAAAUAAAAUCAAGUCUGUAGAUUUAAUAAAUACUUCUAUCGUGAACUAUACCCUAAUAGAUACUUAGAAUUAUGCAGAGCAAUAGCUAUCAAUCAUGACAACACUCUGAUUAUUGCUGCAGCUGAAUCAAACAUCAAAGUCAUUUAGAUCAUUUUACCACUUCUUUCAUAAUCAGAAGCCUAUCCAGCUACAAGAACAACAUAAUCUAUUAGAUAAAUUGAAAUACUUAAAGGUAAACAUUCGGAUUUUGUGUCUUCUCUUAUGUUUUUCAAAAAAACUCCAUCAAUGAGAAAUUCAUUUAUCUCAGGUUCAGAUGAUAAUACUAUUAUUAUUUGGUCACCCCUUAAUUCAUUCGAAUUUACAAUACCAUCUAAGUGGGAAGUAUAAUGUAUACUAAAAGAACAUACAAAUAGUAUCACAUGUUUAGUUUUACUAACUUCAUCAGAAGAUCUUAUUAUUAGUGGGUCUUAAGAUAAGAAGAUAAAAUUUUGGUCUCUUACAUCAACUUAACCUUCUUUACCAUGGAAAUGUUUAUAGACUAUUGAAGAACAUACAUCUACAAUUUUUGGAUUAUCAAUUAAUCAAGAAGGUACUAGAUUACUCUCUUGUGCUAGUGAUUUUUAAAUAUUAGUGAUGGAAGGCUCUAAUAAAACAUAAUGGAAUAUUAGAUAAAGAAUAUCAGUAGAUUAAUGGGGAUAUAGAUUAUGUUUUAUAAAUAAUCAUGUUUUUACAUUUUAACCUAUAGAAACAGCUCCUCAAUUAUAGGGAUCAGCUCAUAUUCAUAUUUAUAUUUAUAAUACUCAAAAAGAAUAGUAUUUAAAAUCAAAAACAGUAUUGGUUUAAGGUGGUGGGUAACCCUGCAGACCUUAUUUUCCUUAAUUAUACCUUAAUUCGAUCAACCUAUUAUUAUCUAAAAAUGGUCAUUAUUUAAACUUUAUUAGAAUCAAAUUCUCAUCCUCCAAAUCUGAUUUGGAAUGUAAUUUAGAAUAAGCGAUCAACUUUGGUACAAUGAAUACUUAUGGUACAAUUAGUGAUAAUGGAGAAUUCUUAGUAACAUGGGAUUAAAAAUAAAAUAAUAUCUAAAUCUUAGUAUAAGGAGGACAAUAAGAAACUUGA